GAGACACGAGUGUGGAACGAGAGAAGAAAAUGGCUGUGGCUGUGCAAACUAGGUGCCGGUUCCUUCCGCAGGCUGCAGGAACCCUGGAACCGGGGUCCGGUACUGAGAUACUUAUCUACCAAUGAUAAACACUCAGCGGAGCCGGGGACUUGGGCGAGUGGAUGAUCGAUGGUCACAAAGACAAUGCAUCGCUUCACGUGGUUAUCUGCUGGGGGGUCUAAGCCUAACAGCCGGUCAUCUGUUAUUGCAUUCAUGGAUCACUUUCCUGCUCGUUUCCGGCACAGCCCUACCAUAAUCGCAAAACAUUCGAGCAGUUUGAGGGCUCCCCUUCUGGCUCCCUCUCUGGCAGUAGUGUUCGUCGCACGAAAGACCCUAACGUUGGUGUUAUUUUUCUCGAACACUGUCACGGUGUGCGUAGCCUGUUGUCGCUAUUGUGUGCGCAUCUUGCUGACGUUUGUGAUAUUGAAGUGGCCCUCCGUCUGCUCGCUCGGCUGCCCUAUGUCCCUCUUCCAUGUAUGGAUAGCGAAAUUCUGUAGUCAACUCCUAGUCUUCGUGCCUUGGUUCGCCGCCCGCGUGGCUCUUCUAUUGACAUAUUAUCAAACGUUUGCCAGCACAAGUGGCUGCGGCCAAUGUCAUCCUGUCGUCCAUUCUCAUUCUCAUACUAAGACUGGUAAUGCCAGAUUGGUGCUUACAUUCAAGAACGCCUUUUGUUUCUACAGUCGGCCGGCUCUCAAUCAUCAUCAGUUCCCAAGCGAAGACGAGAUCACGGUGUAAUAAAAGGGGCCUACUACACAUGCACAGUUUUGAAACCACAUUCACCCCGGCGCUGCGGAGCAGGUUAACCUGACCCCACUUACAGCUCGAGCUUAUGCCUUGACUUUCUGCCAGUUAACUGCUAUUUUCUCAUGACCUAUACUACUACAUCGUGACAUUUGUGUACGUGGAAGCGAGCAACCAAGGCUAAACUGGAACAAUGAAGUAUAUUACUGUAAAAUCGUGCAAAUGAUCGUUGCAGAGGAGGCCUAAAAUUGUUCGUGAAACCCUUUACUGAUGAGUCAGAAUAGAUGUGACUAGGUUCGGAACAUCAAACAAGAGUAUAUAAUG